AUGGAAUCCUUGGAAAAAUUGGAAGCGUCGCAUGGUGUUGAGCACAAGGUUGCCUCGGAGAUCCCUCAGGUGGAGAUUAUUUUGGCAAAAGAUGGGUCUUUGUGGCUGAUGUCUUCUCAAGAUCGGUCCAUCCCAAAGCAUUCACAACUCGGAGGCUUUGGGACAGGGCAGUAUGUGCCAGCAGAAGGAGAGGAAGGCAUCGACUUCCAUCUCCCUGAAGGGGAUCGCUCUCUGGUCCAACUCGACGAGGCAUCUUUCAAAGCAGAUGGGAGUGGUGUGUCAGUCAUCACCUUCUUCAAAAUGCUUGUCUUAGCGGAGCAGCAGAAGCAUCUCACUCAACAUCUGGUCUCCUACAUGAAUGUGACCAGGAAAGCGGACAGCAGCCUUGAGACCGGGAUGGAUGGUUUUGAGAUCACCUACAAAUCCAAGAUGCGAUUCAAGUGCUUGGUUCAGGAGAAGGUCACCUGCAAGAACAUUUUUGCGAAGAUGGUGGGCAAAAUCAAUGAGAUGGGUCAACUGCAGUCGAUUUUUAGAAUGGCGCUGACUUACGAGGAGGUCUUGAAGGUGUGGCAAGGCCUGGAGAUUAUCCUGGGCAUGUCUGUCUUGAAUGAGAAGGGCGAUUUUGGUCAUGAAUGCCUCAGAGAAACGCUGAUCAGGCUUCAGUGUUUGCCCCUCUUCAAUGAGACACCCGAGAACAUGGAUGUUCUGUUGAGCAUGGUCCAGUUGCUCACAGUACUUCGGAACAUGACUUUCUACGCUUCCAUGAACGGAGGUUACGACGGCUCAGAGAUCACAACAUGGAUUCACCAUGGUCGAGAUGUUGUUGGACCUGCACAGCCUACUCGCGAACUCAAAGAUGUGGUUGGAAACAGCCCAGAGCACAUUGAAGACAUUUUGGACAAGUCCAUCCAAGAGGUGAAACACCUUCAAGUGACUUGUAGCUCUGACAGUUUUAAUGUGCAGCAGUUGCUGUCUAAAGCCCUGAAGCUGCUGGAACAAGUAGCAGAAGAGCUCUCAGCAAUUUGA